AUGAGGAUUUUGCUCACUGUUGUUGCUCUUGUGGUGGUGGCCGGUGCUGCCAGCGUCUCUCUGGAGGAUCUGGAGUUCAACACCUGGAAACUGAAGUUUGGUAAGAGUUAUGGUUCAGUGGAAGAGGAGUCUCAGCAUAAGAUGAUCUGGCUGGACAAUCUUAAGCUGGUCCUGGAGCACAACAUGCUGGCUGACCAGGGCAUCAAAAGCUAUAGACUCGGCAUGAACCGCUUUGCGGACAUGGAUAAUCAGGAGUACCAGCAGAUGCUGAAGGGCUGCCUGGGAGCCUUCAAUAAGACUGAGACUGAGAGCGCAACUACAUUCCUCCAACGGGUAGAGAGCGCUGCUCUGCUCAGGACUGUGAAUUGGAGAAAAAGGGGCUAUGUGACCAAAGUUAAGGACCAGUGUCAUUGUGGCUCCUGCUGGGCCUUCAGUGCAACAGGGGCGCUCGAGGGUCAAAUGUUCAAGAAGACAAAGCAGCUGGUAAGCUUAAGCGAGCAACAGCUGGUGGACUGCUCCCAGAAUUUUGGAAAUAAGGGCUGUCAAGGUGGUUUUCUGCACAAGGCCUUUGAGUACAUCAAAUCCAGUGGAGGCCUGGAGACAGCGAGUACCUAUCCAUAUCAGGCCAAGGAAGAGGUGUGCAGGUUUAAUAACCAGAAAACUUGGGCUACCUGUUCUAACUAUAAAUGGGGGGCACCCACAGAAGACGCUCUGCAGUCCGCAGUGGCCACAAUCGGACCUAUUUCUGUAGCUGUAGAUGCCUCCCAACACAGCCUCCAGCUGUAUGAGUCAGGUGUGUAUGAUGAGCCAAACUGCAGCAGCACCAACCUGACUCACGCUGUUCUGGCUGUUGGUUAUGGCACUGAAGGUAACAGACUAGACUACUGGCUGGUCAAGAACAGCUGGGGUGUUAACUGGGGUGAUAAAGGCUACAUCAAGAUGUCCAGGAACAAGAAUAACCAGUGUGGUAUUGCCACAUAUGCUGUCUACCCUGAGGUUUAA